AUGGUUAUCAAUACUACACCUCGACGACUUCAUCUCGCGAUGAACAGCAAUGAUUCGACAAUCACCAAGGGCCAACCAUCGCCGAUAUCGAUGAGAUAUUCGGUGACAUGCGCAAAAUCGAGCAUUUUGCAACAUGAAGCGAUUAGCCAUCAUUCUACCGAAACGCUAAAUCAUGAGGCAAAACAGGUGGUGGAUCAGACAGCGUCGGUUAAAUGGAAUAUCGGUCUCCUAACCGCUAUGAGCAUCAGCUCAGCGCUAUUCUCAAUGCUGUCGCUUCAUUUUUACUUUAUGAGCAAUGACAGGCUACGCGGAAAACCGGGAGUAUACCGAAAUUAUGUGGAUGUUUUAAAAGACGUUGUACAUUGCUUUGAUCUGGCUAUCGUUAUUUGCUCAAUUGCCACAUUUUUUAUCUCGUCCCUUCAACUUUUGUUCUUUAUGAAGAUGAUGAAGCUGCAGAAUCAGAAUGCUGACAUACCUCUACAGUACAUUCAGAACACAAGUUUUUUAAGGAUUGUCACCUACUCCUUCUGGUACGCUUCGAUCGUACUUUUCAUAACAGUCACCCUAAUUACUUGCGCAAUUGACCCAUCACGUUCACUUGCUUCAAAAUGCGUCUCAAUAACGCUUGGUGUCUCAGCAGUUCUACUUUGCAUAUGGUUUUCGAUAAGAACUCUACACUUCUGGAGCCGGCUCGCCUACGGACACGUUUAUACGGAUAAUUAUUAUAAUCAUUUGAGCACUCUUGUGUAA